AUGGACACAGACAUCGCCGCCACGUUGACUCGAGACCUCCACUUCCUUGGAGUCGCGCUAUCAGUCCUCGAUGACCUGCCCCCGGGCUUAUGUGGGACCAAACUAGGCUGUGGAACAGAAUUCUGCAGGGCCUGCACCGUGAUGCUGUCCACGUUUGACCAGCUACAGAACAAAGUUGUCCACUUCACUGCCAGUGCUUGCCUGGCCCCCAUCUGCACCCUGCACCAUGUCGCCGUGAUGACUGUGGAAGGGAUCGGAAGCACCAAGAAACUGCAUCCUGUGCAGGAGAGGAUUUCCAAAAGCCACGGCUCCCAGUGCGGGUUCUGCACGCCGGGCAUCGUCAUGAGCAUGUACACGCUGCUCCGGAAUAACCCCGAGCCCUCCAUGGAGGAGAUAGAGAAUGCUUUCCAAGGGAACCUGUGCCGCUGCACGGGAUACAGACCCAUCCUGGAGGGCUUCGGGCCCUUUGCUAAAGACAGAGAAUGUUGUGGGGGAAAGGGGAACGACCCAAACUGCUGCUUGAACAAAGAGGAAAAGAGUACAGUAGGCGGACCCAGGUCCUCCCUUUCACCCCUUGCCACGAGGCUGUGCUGUUUCCCGGUUGCCUGGGGUGGCAGGGUGCAGCUGUGCCAGCUGCCAGAUGGGCCCGGGAGAGAGAAGAAAUUGCAGAAUCUACAGGGUGGCUUCCUGUUGCUUCAUGUAAUAAUAAAUAAUAAUAAAAAAUGUAAGCCCUGGCUGAGAAUAGUCAAACACAGGCUUCUAAAUUAUUUCCCUGUUCUGCUUCACAUUCUUUCCCCAAGUCUGGCCUGA